ACAUCCUCUUCCUCUUCGGCCACACACAACCAUCACCCUCUCGGCAGACUUGCCCUGUGGCUUCCUAUUCGCCUCUGCCCAAGUGAUUGUACUCGUCCCUUUCCCGUUUCUCUUCCCUCUUCCCGAGCUGAUCUCCUGGCAUUUCAGCCACUAUUCACCUGAACCAACUUCUGCCUCACCGUGAAAUUGCGACCAACUACCCAAAGAGUUUUGCAACCUUCAAUUGCCGCUGGAGUGAAAGCAGAGGAGAGUCACCACUGAGCGAAGGAGGAGAAGAGCAGACGACGAGAAAAGUUCUUAGGGGGCUUUGUUGCUUCAGCCGGAAGGAGAGGAUUUUACGUGCGAGAAAUUCGAGGUUCUUUUCUGUAGAAUCAGAAGUUUACAAAGGAUCCAAAAGGGACUUUGUAGCCGAGUUUUCUGGAAGCAAUCAAUUGGAAAAUCAGUAAUCUACUUCAGUUGUUCAAGUUCCCAAAAGCUCCAUUCAGUAUCUGGGGCCAUUGCUUUUGCUCUGAUGCUUAAAACUCCAAUAACCGGAGCACUGCAGUUGGGUCUUGCUUCUUGGUUUCUCUGAUUCAAUAUCAAGUGGGGAUGGAGAUGGGUAGCAGUCAGAAUGGGAGUAGCAUCAUGUGGUUCUUUAGGGACAAGGGUUUUGAUGAUAAAAGCAUUAACAAAAUAUCUAGGAAGUGCAAGCGUCUUCAGGGUGUCCAAAAAGAGCAAGCCUCAGAGAACUGGGCAUACUUGGAAAGCAUAGGCAUUCAGGAGAGGAAGCUACCUUACAUAGUUUCCAAGUGCCCCAAAAUUCUUACUCUGGAUCUCAAUCAGAAGCUUGUACCCAUGGUUGAGUGUCUUGCUACCCUUGGGACAAAACGGAGUGAAGUUGCUUCUGCCAUUGCCAGAUUCCCUCACAUACUCUCCCACAGUGUGGAGGAGAAACUCUGUCCAUUGCUGGCUUUCUUUCAGGCAUUAGGGGUACCCGAAAAGCAGCUGGGGAAGAUGAUAUUGCUAAAUCCAAGGCUUAUCAGUUAUAGCAUUGAGUCAAAACUCACCAAGAUUGUGGACUUCCUUGCUGCUCUUGGCCUUAAGGGAGAAGGGAUGAUUGGGAAAGUUUUGGUGAAACACCCGUAUCUAAUGGGGUAUAGUGUUGACAAAAGGCUGCAGCCAACCUCAGAGUUUUUGAAAUCAAUAGGUUUAUCUAAGAAGGAUCUUCAAACAGUGGCUAUGAACUUCCCUGAAGUCUUGUGUAGAGAUGUGGAUAGGAUUUUGAGACCAAAUUUUGCUUAUCUAAAAGGAUGUGGAUUUGGGGAUAGACAGAUAGUGGCUAUAGUAACUGGUUAUCCCCUAAUUCUCAUUAAGAGCAUCAAGAAUUCUUUAGAACCCCGGAUUAGGUUCUUGGUAGAAGUUUUAGGAAAGGGAUUUGAAGAAGUUGUUGAUUAUCCUGACUUCUUUCGCCAUGGUUUGAAAAAGAGACUAGAGUUGCGGAACAAACUUUUGAAAGAGAGGAACAUAGAUUGUAGUUUGAGAGAGAUGUUGGAUGGCAAUCAGAAGAAGUUCCUCUUGAAGUUUGGUUUGAUUCAAGGGGUUGCCUAAGGUUUAAUCGCCAGCAUCUGAGUUUCAUGGCCUUUUGGUGUUAAUACCCUCAGCCCCGUCCCCAUUCCCUCCUUCCCUUAAUGGCCACUCUUUUUGAAAAAAGAAAGAAAAAAAAAAGAAGAAGAAGAAGAAGAAGAAGAAAAAAAAAGAAAGAAAGAAAAGGACUUGCAGUGGCAUUGGACUUGUGCUGAAGUAUGUUGCCAUGACAUUUUAGGUCCAUGCAUGGUGUAACAAUUGUUUUAGAACAUCGCAUGCCACAAAGUAUUAGGAUUGAAAAUGUAAUUCAAAAUGUAAAUAUGGUAAACAUUUUAUAUUUUUGCUAGUAAACUUCGGCUAUACUU